AUGGAGAGUCAGUCUUUUGGUAGCUCCACAACCCCCAUAGCUAUAGAAAAGAAACAUUUUGCCCACAUAUCAAAAAGGACCGAAAUGGCUACCUUGGCUUUGAAAGAGGCGCAAGUGGCAUUACAUGAUGAUCUCCUUAAUGUUGAUUUCCAAAGAAGUGUGGCGUGCAUGAGGAGAAAAGCUAUGGAUCUAUGUGAAGCAGAAAGGAGUUUUUAUUACAAAAAGGCUAAAUGUGAGUACCUAAAGAAUAGUGAUAAAUGCACCAAAUUCUUUCAUUCGAUGGUAAAGAGGAAUGCCAAAAAGAAAUCUAUUGCUAUGGUACGUAAAGAUGACGAAGCAUUUACUUCUUCAAUGGUCGAUGAAUUCUUACAAUUGUACAAGGACUCACUGGGGAAAAAUAGCCCGAGAGAACCGAUUGACAUUGACAUAUGGAGGAGUGGUUCUAUGUUAUCGGAAGAGCAAAGCUUGGCACUAAUUUGGGACGUCUUCGAACAAGAGAUCAAAGAUGCAUUAUUCUCUAUUGGAAUGAUAAAUAUCCAGGAUUGGAUGAUUAUUCAUCUUGCUUCUUCAAAAAAUCUUGGAGUAUUAUUGGUUAUUACCAAUGUCCUUGCUUCUCGUUUGGGCCAUACUCUUGAUACUAUUAUUGAUGAAGCACAAGCUGCAUUUAUGAAAGGAAGAAGUAUAAUGGAAAACAUCCACCUUGCUCAAGAGCUUCUUAUGCAAUACAAUCGAAAGAGAGUUGCUCCUAGAUGCCUUCUUAAAAUUGAUCUUAGGAUGGCAUAUCACUUGGUUGAUUGGAAUUUCAUGAAAAGGGUGUUUAAAGGGCUCGAAUUCCCAACCAAAUUCAUUGGAUGGGUGAUGAAAUGCAUAACUACGGCUACUUACUCCAUAGCGAUUAAUGGAAGCCUUCUUGGAUUCAUAAAGGGAAGGAGGGCGCUUUGUUAA